CCUGGAAUCUAAUCACAGUAUCUUUGGAGUCUUGAAUGAUAUGAGUCCCAAACAUUUCAGGACAGAAAGUCAAUAAUGGAUAACUGCUCCACUGCGUCGAUGUUCCUGACCGACAGCUUGGAACUGGAGCUGGGGACAGAAUGGUGCAAACCCCCUUGCUUUUCUUGUGGUAUUGACAACAGAGGAGGAGGAAAUCAUUUUUCUGGAGAGUCCUACCUUUCUAGCGGAGCCCUUAAGCGAUUAAUUUUGAAUCUUGAUCCUUUACCAACUAAUUUUGAAGAAGAUACAGUGGAAAUAUUUGCCAUUCAGUGGGUUACUGAAACAGCAUUAGUGAAUUCAUCUAGAGUGCUCUUUCAUUUAUUCAGGCAGCAACUGUACAACUUGGAAACCUUAUUACAGGCCAGCUGUGAUUUUGGGAAGAUAUCCACCCUACACUGCAAAGCAGACAAUAUUAGGCAGCAGUGCGUGACAUUUCUUCAUUAUGUUAAAGUUUUCAUCUUUAGGUAUCUGAAAGUACAAAAUGCUGAGAGUCCUGUUCCUGUCCAUCCCUAUGAAACUUUGGAGGCACAACUUCCAUCUGUGCUGGUUGAUGAACUUCAUGGAUUACUCUUGUAUAUUGGACAUCUAUCUGAACUUCCCAGUAUUAGUCCAGGAGCGUUUGUAAAUCAAAACCAAAUUAAGCUUUUUCCACCAUCAUGGCAUUUAUUACAUCUCCACUUAGAUAUCCAUUGGAUGGUGCUAGAAAUUCUUCACAUGCUGGGUGAAAAAUUGAAACAAGUUAUAUAUGGUCAUCAGUUUAUGAAUCUGGCAGGUGACAAUUUAACCAACAUCAGCCUAUUUGAAGAACAUUGUGAAAAUCUCCUUUGUGAUUUAAUAAGCCUGUCACUCAACAGGUAUGACAAGGUUAGGCCUUCUGAAGCAUUAGCAAGUCACCACUGCCCAUGUUCCUGCAUUAAAGAAUUAUGGGUUCUUCUCAUUCAUCUUCUAGAACACAGAAAUAAAUGGUCUCUUUCAGAAUCAUUUUGGAACUGGUUGAAUAAACUACUUAAAACAUUCUUUGAAAAAUCAAGUGACCGAAGACGACCUUCUGUGCCUGUAAUCCAGCCCAGGGAUCCAUUAGGUUUUAGUUGGUGGAUCGUCACUCAUAUAGCAUCACUCUACCAGUUUGAUCGCCAUGGAACACCAGACGAAAUGAGACAAAUGGAAUCAAAUUGGAAUUUUGUAGAAGAACUGCUUAAAAAGUCCAUCAAUGUUCAGGAUGGUAUACUUGAAGAACAAUUACGAAUGCAUCUUCACUGUUGUUUGACACUUUGUGAUUUCUGGGAGCCAAACAUUGCAAUCGUCACCAUUCUGUGGGAAUAUUAUAGUAAGAACCUGAAUAGUUCUUUCAGCAUCUCUUGGCUUCCUUUGAAAGGCCUUACAUAUAUCAUUAAGUCACCCUUGUCAAUGCUAGAAAUGGUGAAGACCUGCUGUUGUGAUAAACAAGAUAAUGACCUUUAUAAAUCCAGCAGUAGUUACACCAUUUUCCUUUGCAUUUUGGCAAAAGUUGUUAAGAAAGCAAUGAAGAACAAUGGCCCUCAUCCUUGGAAACAAAUCAAAGGAAGAAUAUAUUCUAAAUUCCAUCAAAAAAGAAUGGAAGAACUCACAGAAGUUGGUCUUCAGAACUUCUUCAACCUUUUUCUACUGUUAGCAGAUGUCGCAGAGGUGGAAGAUGUAGCAAGUCAUGUUUUAGACCUCCUAAAUUUCCUCAAGCCUUCCUUGGUAACAUCUUCCAUCAUUUGGAAGGGUCAAGUGGCCUUCCUCUUGAUGUAUACCCAGAAAAAUCUGGACAUUGGUGUUCUGGCUGAGAAAUGUUCAGGUGCUUUCCGAGAGAAAGCAAAGGAAUUCUUGGUAUCUAAGAAUGAUGAAAUGGGACAAAGACAGACUCUCUGGACACUUCUUUCCAUCUAUAUUGAUGGUGUUCAAGAAGUGUUUGAGACUAGCCAUUGCUUGUAUCCUUCACAUGAAAAACUGCUUAAUGAUGGAUUUAGUAUGCUUCUGCGAGCUUGUCAAGAAUCUGAACUUAGGACAGUACUGAGCUUUCUACAAGCUGUUCUGGCCAGAAUCAGGAGUAUGCAUCAGCAAUUGUGUCAGGAACUUCAAAAGGAGAGUGUGGACCUAAUUGUGCAGUCUUCAUUAUCGGCUAAAGAGCGCCACCUUGCUGCAGUUGCCAAUGCACUGUGGAGACAUUUCUUUUCAUUUUUGAAGAGUCAGAGAAUGUCACAGAUAGUGCCGCUCUCAGAACUUGCGGACGCAGCUGCAGAUUUUACUUUGCUUGCAAUGGACAUGCCCAGCACAGCUCCAUCAGAUCUUCAGCCUCAGCCAGUUAUAUCAGUGAUGCAACUUUUUGGUUGGGAUGAUAUCAUCUGGCCCCAAGUUGUAGCAAGAUAUUUAAGUCAUUGCCUACAAAAUAGCAUAUUGUGUGAAGCACUUUCUCAUACAGGCUGUGUAUCUUUUCAAGCCUUAACUGUAAGAUCAUGGAUUCGUUGCGUUUUGCAAAUGUACAUAAAUAACCUCUAUGUGCCUGAUGAUUUGUUCAUUGAUAUAAAUCCUGGACAGGCAGUUGAAAAAGAGUACUUGGAACAGUUGGCUGAACUGACAAGGUUGCUAUUUAAACUCUCAGAAGUAAAGAAUAUUUUCUCAAAGGCUCAAGUUGAAUAUUUAUCCAGUUCAGAAGACCCUACAAAAGCACUUGUUCUAUUUUUUGAGGCUGUUGGUAUUACUUACGGGAAUCUGCAGAACCUUUCUGAUAAAUCUGCCAUGGUCACAAAGUCCUUAGAAUACCUUGGUGAAAUAUUAAAAUAUAUAAAACCUUACUUGGGAAAAAAAAUUUCCAGUGCAGGGCUGCAACUGACUUAUAGGAUAAUGGGAAUUCUUGUUAAAUCAUGGGCACAGAUCUUUGCCACCUCAAAAGCGCAAAAACUCCUCUUCCGGAUCAUUGAUUGUUUACUGCUGCCACACACUGUGCUACAGCCAGAGAGAGAGCUGCCUGCACCUAUGCUGACUGCAAUCCAAAAGAGUCUUCCUUUGUAUCUCCAGGGCAUGUGUAUCGUGUGUGGUCAGUCCCAAAAUCCAAAUGCCUAUUUGAACCAAUUACUAGGGAGUGUUAUUGAGCAGUACAUUGGGCGGUUUCUUCCAUCGUCCCCGCAUGUUUCGGGUCUCGGACAACACCCUGUUUUGGUGGCAUUGAGAAACUCCGCCGCUGUUCCACUGAUAGCGCCUCUAAAGAAAUGCAUCAUACAAGUCAUAAGGAAGUCCUACUUGGAGUGUAAAGGGUCCUUGCUCCCUCCUCGCUUAGCCUCUAUUCUGGCCUUCGUCCUGCAGCUCUUCAAAGACACUAGCAUAGACAUUUCUGAGGUUCAACUUCUCCUCCCUGGCGUCUUAAAAUGCUUGAUGUUGGUCAAUGAACCCCAAGUUAAAAGGCUGGCCACAGAGAACCUGCAAUACAUGGUUAAAGCCUGCCAAGUGGGGUCAGAGGGAGAACCUGCCGCCCAGCUGACUUCUGUGUUUAGGCAUUUUAUCCAGGAUUAUGCUAUGAGAUACGAUUAUCAGAUUUACAGCAUUUUAGAAACAGUAGCAGCAUUGGACCAGCAAGUUGUUAUCGACUUGCUUUCUACCCUCACUCAGUCUCUGAAGGAUUCAGAGCAGAAAUGGGGCCUUGGCAGAAAUACUGCACAAAGGGAGGCCUAUAGCAAACUUUUAUCUCACCUAGGACAAGUUGGACAAGAUGAAAUGCAAAGACUGGAGAGUGAUAAUACCUAAUAUAUUUUGUGCUUUGCCCUCUCUAUUCAUUAUAACUAUCUAAAGCCACUUUGCACAGCAAUGGUAUAAUGUUCUGUUAAAAAUACCUUCUAGGAUUUUUUUCCUUACAUCCCUGUAAGUAUAAAGUACAUAAAUAUGGAAAUAAAAGUUAAAUAAGUGUAUUAUAGGAUCUUUGGAAGUUGACAAAAUUGCAUUCUCUCUUGAAGAGUUUUUAGUUAAACU